AGUUAAUCGUAAAUUGAUGUUAUGUGCUUACGAACUUGCGGCUGUAAUGCUCAGUUAACUUAAAUAAACGUCUUGAUGACGUAUGCAGCCUGCAUAUGCGACCUCCGGAGGCUGCAGCCUUCCGAUCGAGAGAGAGAGAGAGAGAGAGAGAGAGAGAGAGACUUAAUAAAUGACAGCACACAGUCAGUACUCUCGCAUGCGUCUACAUGGCUGCCACGGAUGUAACUAUAUAUCCAUGUGAGGAGGAGAUGAGGUCUCUCUCUCUCAGCGGUCAUGUUGGUUUUGACAGUUUACCUGAUCAGCUGGUGAGUAAAUCAGUGAGUCAAGGAUUCAGCUUCAACAUUCUCUGCGUAGGUGAAACCGGGAUUGGCAAAUCAACCCUAAUGAACGCGCUGUUUAACACCACAUUUGAGAAUGAAGAGAUCAGCCACUUUCAGAACGGGGUGUAUCUGCGUCCCAGAACUUAUAACCUACAGGAAAGUAAUGUGGAUUUAAAACUGACCGUUGUGGACACUGUGGGAUUUGGGGACCAGGUUAAUAAAGACGAAAGUCAUGAACCCGUGGUGGACUACAUCGAUGCCCAGUUUGAACGUUUCCUAGAGGAAGAGCUUAAAAUCAAACGCUCUCUUCACGACUAUCAAGAUUCACGCAUCCACAUCUGCCUUUACUUCAUUGCUCCCACCGGUCACUCGUUGAAAUCUCUGGAUUUAGUCACUAUGAAGAAACUAGACAGCAAGGUCAACAUUAUCCCCAUCAUUGCAAAGGCAGACACGAUGUCUAAGAGUGAGCUUCAGAAGUUUAAGAUCAAGAUCAUGAGUGAACUGGUCAGCAAUGGUGUUCAGAUCUAUCAGUUCCCAACAGAUGACGAAGCUGUGGCAGAAAUCAACUCCUCCAUGAACGCACAUCUGCCGUUCGCUGUGGUUGGAAGCAGUGAAGAGGUUAAAAUUGGGAACAAAAUGGUGCGAGGCAGACAGUACCCGUGGGGUGUUGUACAGGUGGAGAACGAGAGUCACUGUGACUUUGUGAAGCUCAGAGAGAUGUUAAUUCGUGUCAACAUGUUGGACCUAAGAGAUCAGACCCACGCCAGACACUAUGAGCUCUACCGUCGCUGUAAACUGGAGGAGAUGGGCUUUAAAGACCCUGACAGCGACUCCUUCAGUCUUCAGGAGACGUACGUGGCCAAGAGGAGAGAAUUUAUUGGGGAACUUCAAUUGAAAGAGGAGGAGAUGAGACAGAUGUUUGUAAAUAAAGUAAAGGAGACGGAGGCAGAGCUGAAGGAGAAGGAGAGAGAGCUGCACGAAAGGUUUGAGAUGUUAAAGCGCAGUCAUCAGGAGGAGAAGAGAAACCUGGAGGAGAAGCGCAGAGAUUUAGAAGAAGAGAUAAACGUCUUCAACAGGAGAAAAAUAGCUGCUGAAACCCUACAGUCAGGUUUCUCUGCAACCGUCAAAAAAGACAAGAAAACUUAAAUGUCUCUUUCCUCAUCUAACACACGUCUGUCUGCCGUUCCCAUCACUGUCUGUCUCUAUUCAGUCAAUGCAAAGCCAUCAAUGAUUCCUCUCCUGUCAGUGACUCUAUAGGACUCUUACUCUUUACACUGCAAAAAAUCAUUUUCAAGAAAAAAAUUCUUAGUAUUUUUUUUUUUUUUUUAGUAAAAAUAUAUAAAAUGUCUUAAAUGAAGAUGCUUUUUCUUGAUGAGCAAAACAACCCAAGAAAAUAAGUCGAGUUUUUAGACCAAAAAUAUCAAAUUUAAGUGAUUUUGUGCAUAAAACAAGCAAAAAAAAUCUGCCAAUUACCCCAUUGGCAGAUUUUUGUGCUUGUUUUAUGCACAAAAUCUCUUAAAUUGUAUAUUUCUUUAGACUUAUUUUCUCAUUUUGCUCAUCAAGAAAAUGCAUCUGAUUUAAGAAUUCUUAGAUAUUUGUAAAAACAAGACAAGCAUUCAUCUUUUAGGCUCUGAUGUCAGAAGAGAGCAUUGUGGGAUAGAAAAGCUGAUUUGCAGGGCAUGGAUGGAGAGACAGACUCAGACUGGCAGCAGACACUGACUGCCUGGCACUGCCAGCUGCUCACAUCAUUGUGGUGUGCGCCUGCGUACCAGUGAGCGGUGUUUGCUGCUGGAUUGCUGAAUUAAAGUGUUGUAGCAUUAAAGCGUGCAUUCUCAAUAGGAAUUUCCCAUCUUUACUUAAACUAAAAUCAAAGUGAAAUUAGCGAGCACUGAUGGGCACAUCUGAUACAACAUUUAUUAUGAGAAGCAUUUCAUGCACCAUUUGAUUUCUGUUCUCUCGUUUCAGUUGUUUGGCCACCCAAAGGGAACAUCAGUAACUGCAGUAGGCUAUUAUAGAUAUAUUUAACAGUUAUUUAGCAGAUUUUAUAUGUAAAUAACAACCCUAGCAUUUAAUAGAGUAAGCCAUGACCUUACAACUGUGAACAUCCGUUGAUGUGAAGCUGCUUACAUAAACAUGAAACUCUCUUUCAAAGAUAAUACUUGCAUAUAAAUAUAAAGCAUUAUAUUAGAGAAGUCUUUCAUUAAAGGUGUAUUGUGAGGAUUUUUUGACAGAAAUGCAAUAUAAUCUACAUAACUAUAUUGUCAGGGGUGUUUAAAGACAUACACCACAUGUCUCUUUACAUGAAAGUCGCCAUUUUGCGCCGCCAUGUUUCUACAGUAGCCCUAAACGGACAAACAGCUCUACAGAUGGCAUCUGUGAUGACGACAUGUUUGUCCUGUGGGGCCACCGUCAUUGGUUGUAAUUCCCUAGAUGCUGCUAAAAUCUACACACUGCACCUUUAAAGUUUUGUCUUUAUAACCUUUAUUAUUAUUAUUACUGAACUUCAGUCAGUGCACUAACUGGAUUGUGGGAAUUAAGAUUUUUGUACAUAUAAAUAUUUUAAUAUAAACAGUUUAAUUAGUUUAGAAAGUUUAAUGCUACAGUAUUUUAAAUGUUAAAUCUCUUCUGUGGCAUAAACACAGCCAGUUAAGACUGGUCUGACCAACUAGCAAUUAGUUAGGGUUAAUCAGUCUUACUAUUUACCAAUCUACCUUUUAAUGUAACAUACUUAAAAAGUCAAUUUUUUUCUUCCAGACUGGUCUUGACGUUUUUAAGUUUAUGCCACACUGUUGUUUUCAUAUUUUGUUUGAAAUAAAUACUUUUUUAUUCACCA